AGUCAUGGCGGCUCCGGUGCUUGGCUGGUGUGUGUCGGCCUUGGCCAGGAACCCAGCCGCCGCUCUCCGCGCCCUAGCCGUAUGCCGCGCCUGCAGUAUCGAUCGGUGGCACCAGCACGCCCGCCUCCUUUCGUCCAGGAAUCGCCCUGAAGGCAAAGUGUUGGAAACGGUUGGAGUGUUUGAGGCACCAAAACAACAGGGGAGAUAUGAAACGGGUCAGCUAUUUCUGCACAGCGUGUUUGGUUACCGAGGAAUUGUCCUGUUCCCUUGGCAUGCCAGGCUCUAUGAUCGGGAUGUGGCUUCAUCCAGCAUCGACAGUAAAACGGACAGUUCAGAGACCCAAGGUUCCAAAGAGGUCAAAGGCAAAACACAUACCUACUACCAGGUGUUGAUUGACACCAGGGACUGUCCUCAUAUAUCUCAGAGGUCACAGACUGAAGCCGUGACUUUUCUUGCUAACCAUGAUGACAGCAGAGCCCUUUAUGCUAUUCCAGGUUUGGACUAUGUGAGCCAUGAGGACAUCCUGCCUUACAGUUCGUCGGAUAAAAGUCCCAUCCAGCACGAGUUGUUCGAUAGAUUUCUCUCAUAUGACUCGGCAAAAGCUCUGCCAUUUGUAGCCAGAGACACAUUGCGUGCAUGGCAGGAGAAGAACCAUCCCUGGCUGGAACUGUCUGAUGUUCAUCGAGAAACAACUGAGAACAUUCGGGUCACAGUUAUACCCUUCUACAUGGGCAUGCGGGAAGCACAGAAUUCGCACGUGUACUGGUGGCGAUACUGUAUUCGGCUGGAGAACCUUGGCACAGAGGUGGUACAGCUUCGGGAAAGGCACUGGCGCAUCUUCAGCCUGUCUGGCACGCUGGAGACAGUGCGAGGGAGAGGAGUUGUGGGCAGGGAGCCAGUUCUAUCAAAGGAGCAACCUGCUUUUCAGUACAGCAGCCACGUCUCACUGCAGGCCCCCAGUGGUCACAUGUGGGGUUCCUAUCGCUUUGAGAGCGCCAACCGGAGUCUCCUCGAUGUUCGUAUUCCACCAUUUUCCCUCGAAAGCAAGAAUGAUGACUCUCCCAAUGGGUUCUUGCCAGGCCCAUUCAUCUCCUUAACCUAAACACGAGGGGGACGUUUCGUUUUGAGAGGCCUGGAGGUUCACAGCUGGACGUUCGGAUCCCGCCCUUCUCCCUGGAGAGCAAUAAGGAUGACAAGGCUCCCCCUGCUGGCUAUAGCUGGUAGAGCAAUGCCCGCUGGUCCUUGGUCCAACAGCGGCUGCUGCUGC